AUGUGUCUGGGGUUCAGUCUGGUCACUGGCGCAGGUAUCAUGGCCUAUAAUACAGUUGCGAAAGGGAAGAAUGUACAGAAGUUUGCGCACAUGAUGCUUCGACUAGUUGCAGUGGCUCUCGGAGUAUUCGGAAUCUAUGCUGUCUUCGAGUACCACAGAGCAAACACCGCACUCAUGUGGCUGUUCGGGUUCGUGAACUUCUGGUUCCCGAAAGUGUCGCCGCCGACGAGAACCCUGCUGGUCUUGUUGCACGCUUCGGCUGGAAUGGCGAUCUUUCCGUUGACGGUGUGCAGGGCAGAGACGGGGCUUGCGCAGAUGGACGCGGCGCUGGGGACGGAGGCUCAUUUGGUCAACUUCGCCGGCCUCUUUAUCCGUCUCUUUGCGGUGACUGUGAGCAUUGUAGCCCUUCGCGGGGUAUCCAUUUGA